AUGUCAAGCUCUCUUGAGCAGUUUGCUUCCUUAUUAUUUCGUGUGGUGAACAAUGGGCCUUUUAAAUUUAUUUUAGUCUUGCUCAUCAAAGCAAAACUUUUGUUGGGUUCUUAUAAGCUACAUUCUUUACAAUCAAAGUUCUUAUUCCUUCGCCCGUGUCAGGUUGAUGAUGGAGUUGUGCUACCAGAUGAAGCUUCUCUUUACUUGACAGCAAUUGAGGAUGCCGAGUACAAAGACGACAAGAUCGAAUUUUGGAAUAAUGUUUACGGCUUUGACAUGAGUUGUAUAAAAAAGCAAGCUAUGAUGGAACCUCUUGUUGACACGGUUGACCAGAAACAAAUUGUAACAAAUUACCACCUUCUCAAGACAAUGGAUAUUUCUAAGAUGGUUCUUGGGGAUACUUCUUUCACUGCACCUUUCAAGCUUAUUGCAGAGCGUGAUGAUUACAUCCAUGCUUUCGUUGCAUCUUUUGAUGUUUCGUUUACCAAAUGCCACAAAUUGAUGGGUUUCUCUACAGGACCAAGAUCAUGAGCUACCCAUUGGAAGCAAACAGUCCUAUAUCUAGAGGAUGUGUUAACCAUCCGUGAAGGGAGACAAUAAUUGGGAGCAUGGUCUGUUGCACCAAACAAGAAGAAUCGAGACGUUGAUAUAAUGGUUAAAUAUUCAUUGAGCGGACGACGUUGUGUGGUUUCGAGAGUUCAAUUCUAUAAGAUCUACUGA